GAAAGGGGCCGGCCUCGUCCGGGUUACGGUGGCCGGGCGGGGCCAGGCGGCGCCCGAAGCGAAAGCGAGGAGAAGGAGGGCUGGCUGCCCCUGCCUCUCUCCCUCCCUCCCUCCCUCCUCCUCCGCCUCUGCGCGCGGCGGGCGCCGGUCCCGGCCGGACCCGGGGCUUGGCAGGCAGGCGGGCAGGCAAGAUGCUGGAAGCGGCCGGGCCGGACCCGGAGCUGGACUCGGAGGACCUGGUGCACUUCUCGGUGGGGGACCUGCCCAGCCGGGGCUACGGGGUGAUGGGCGAGAUCCGGAGGCAGGGGAAGCUCUGCGACGUCACCCUCAAGGUAGCGCCUCAGGCGGCGGGGGGGGGGGGGAGAAAAUAGGGGGGGGUCUUUUCUCUGAGGGAGAGCUGGGGGGGGUGUCUUUCCCUGAAGGGGAGGGGGGAGAUGUGGGGGCUGGCCCUGGGGGGGAAGGGAGGGGGGAGAGAUGGGGGUCUUUUCCCUGAGGGAGAUUUUUUUGGGGGGGGUCUUUUCCAUGAAGGGGAGGAGGGAGAUGUGGGGGCUGGCCCUUGGGGGAGGAGAGAGGGAUUGGGGGCUUUCCCUGGGGGGGAGGUGUGAUGGGGGCCCCUGAGAGGGAAGGGAGGGGGAGAGAUGGGGGUCUUUUCCCUGAGGGAGAUUUUUGGGGAGGGGUCUUUUCCAUGAAGAGGAGGAGGGAGAUGUGGGGGCUGGCACUGAGGGGGAGGGGAGACAGAUGGGGGGCUGUCCCUGGGGGGGUGAGGUGUGGCGGGGGUCCCUGAGAAGGAAGGGAGGGGGAGAGAUGGGGGUCUUUUCCCUGAGGGAGAUUUGUGUGGGGGGGUCUUUUCCAUGAAGGGGAGGAACGAGAUGUGGGGGCUGGCACUGAGGGGGAGGGGAGACAGAUGGGGGGCUGUCCCUGGGGGGGGUGAGGUGUGGCGGGGGUCCCUGAGGGGGAAGGGAGGGGGAGAGAUGCGGGUCUUUUCCCUGAGGGAGAGGGGGGUAUUUUCCCUGAAGGGGAGGGGGCAAUUGUGGGAGCUGGCCCUUAGGGGGAGGGGGGAGGGAUUGGGGGCUUUCCCUGGGAGGGUGAGGUGUGGCGGGGGUCCCUGAGGGGAAGGGAGGGGGAGAGAUGGGGGGUCUGCCCCUGAGAGGGAGGGGAAGCGGUGGGGGGGGUCUGGUCAGCAUUCCCCUCCCCCCAACGAGGAAGGUAUAAAUAAAUGAGGCAGACGGAACUGGUUUUCCAGCAUACAUGUUGCGCCUGUAUCGGGAGGUAAUCUUGAGUCACAGAGUUGUAAGGGGGGUCCCCCAGGGGUCAUCUAGCCCGGCCCCCCUGCAACGCAGCUGCAAGAAACCUCGCUGCGAGUCAGACCUGAGACUGAUCUUGUAGGAGGUGAUGAUACACACAUCAAAUAAGCAGCAACAUGCGCUCCCUUAUUGUCUGUUCAAGCAGCACCCAAAAAAGUGGCUUGUUUUGGGGUGGGAAACGACAAAUAUGCAACAUUUGAAGCGGCGUUGAACAAUGUCAGGGCCAGCAGCAAGAAAUGUGUUGUGUUCGCUGCGCUCUCUCUGGUAGAGUUUAUUUGGCUUAUUUUAUGGAUCCCCACCCCCCAUAAAAGGUCGCUUUUGCUAUGGCAGCCAAGGGAAGACUGUCACUUCCCUGUAAGCAGCUGGAAAUCGGGAUUUUAUGGAAGGAGGGCCUGUUGAAGAAGAAAAACCAUAUAGGAAAGCUGGUGGAUGUGAUUUGGAGUGGGGUGGGGGGUAGGCAGUAGCAGGAGGGGUCACCUUGCCCUUGAAUCUCCAGGUCAGCUUUCCCCAACUAGGUGCCCUCCGGGUGCUGUUGGAUUCCAGCUCCCAUCAGCCCCAGCUCCCAUGGCUAUAGGUUGGGGGUGCUGUGAAUUGUAGUCCAGUAGCCUUCAAAGGGGACGCGGGUGGCGCCGUGGGUUAAACCACAGAGCCUAGGACUUGCCGAUCAGAAGGUCGGCGGUUCGAAUCCCUGCAAUGAUGGGGUGAGCUCCCGUUGCUCGGUCCCUGCUCCUGCCAACCUAGCAGUUCGAAAGCACGUCAAAGUGCAAGUAGAUAAAUAGGUACCGCUCCGGCGGGAAGGUAAACGGCGUUUCCGUGCGCAGCUCUGGUUCGCCAGAAGCGGCUUAGUCAUGCUGGCCACAUGACCCGGAAGCUGUAUGCCGGCUCCCUUGGCCAGUAAAGCGAGAUGAGCGCCGCAGUCCGAGAGUCGGCCACGACUGGACCUAACGGUCAGGGGUCCCUUUACCUUUACCUUUUAGUCUUCAAAGGCUGCCUUACUGUCAGUGGGGAGGGCCAGAGGUGUGCUUUAAGAGAGAAGAUGCAGCAAGUUUGGGACUAAGGCGGUACCUCCCACCUAAAGGAAAUGCAGGUUUAUUUGGCAUCCCUGAGUGGUGUAACCCUGACGGGUAGAAGGGCCCACAAGGAAGAAGUGGGGACCUAUAUGAGAUGGGGUUUGGGAUCAGAUUGGGGCUGGGAAACGGGUAGAGCCCAAGUAGCAAAAAGCUGCAGUUGAGGGCGAUACUACAAAGCCCAUGUUUUUGCUCAGGUUAAAGUUUCCUGUUCAGCAUUUGUUUGUUUGAAGGUAUUAUAAUGAGGUGGCAGUACCUUGUUUGGGGAGCUUCUCAUCCCGGGUUUGCCCUUUGAUUAUAAUCCAGCGGAGGAUAACUUCGGUCCCAAUUAUUAGGAGUAACCACUUUUGCAUAGCAUUGCCCUUUAGUCAUCGCAAGCUGUGCAACCUCUCAGGAAUGUGUUCCAGGUUGCCCAAUGGGGUUUUGAAGCCUAGGUUGCCGGUGACAGCAGUGCUUCCUAGCCAGUCCUGGUUUUAACAUUUUGUGGGUGGUCCGUGUGUAAAUUGGAUUUCGGCGUCGGCCCAGCUUGUGGCGUUCCACCUCCUGCAUGCAAAUUGCAGCUGCACGCUCUCCUCACAGGAGAAGCGACCCAAGGACUGAAUGACUCAUGGAAUGAAUCCUUCUUCCCGGCUUGGCAUGUGGCUGCUGUGAAGCAGAUUGGCAGCGGUGGUUUGGCAAAGGGCAUCAUCAAAGGCUCUCAUCCUUCUUUAAAGUUGGGAUGCUCCAGCGCUGCAAUCCUCCGGAAGUCCAGAAAACAUUAUCUGAUCUUCCCUUUUAGACCUCCUACACAGUUUCAACAAGCAUUAUAGCAUUAAAAACUUGCCCUGCUGGGUCUGAACCAGGUUCUAAUUAAUUCAGCAGUUCUGUUUCCAGCAAUGAGGAUAUGAUGGCAUCAGCCUUUCCCCUACUGUGUUCUCACAGCAUCCUGUAUUCAGAGAAAUGCUCACUUUAAUAAUAAUAAUAAUAAUAAUAAUAAUAAAUUUUAUUUAUACCCCGCCCUCCCCAGCCAAGACCGGGCUCAGGGCAGCUAACAACCAAUAAUAAAAACAAGUUGAUUAAAAUACAACAUUAAAACAUUAGGAUGCAGGCUCUUCACAGGAGGAGAAAGGACAAAGAAAGAGGGGGAGGGAAUCAAACUGAUUCUAAGCCAAAGGCCAGGUGGAACAACUCUGUCUUACAGGCCCUGCGGAAAUAAAUCAGAUCCCGCAGGGCCCUGGUGUCAUGAGACAGAGCGUUCCACCAGGCCGGGGCCAGUGUUGAAAAGGCUCUGACUCUGGUUGAGGCUAAUCUAACUUCCUUAGGGCCCGGGACCACUAGGGUGUUGCUAUUUAUGGACCUUGAGGCUCUCUGUGGGGCAUACCGGGAGAGGCGGUCCCGUAGGUACAAGGAUAAAUGAUGCCCUGGGGGAUACCAGGACCUCUUACCCGUAGGUACGAGGGAUAUAUAGAGGUCCCAAUCUAAGCUAGUAUGUUUUAUCGUCACUAAGGCUUAUCCUUCAUGAGCCUGUUUCCGACCUUCCUCAGUCUUAAGGGUACCAGAUUGAAGGCAAGUUCAGUCCCUUUUUUAAAAAGCAGGCAUAACCUGUUGCCUCCUAUAUCAGGGAUGGGGAGUCUCUGGCCCUCUGCAUGUUGCUGAACUGCAGCUUCCCUCAGCCUCAGCAAGCAUGAUCACUGACUAGGGAUGAUGGGAGUUGUAGUUCACAACAUCUGGAGGGCCACAGGUUUCCCUGUCCCCUGUUUAAAUCCAUAUUUUUUGGGGGGUGGAUAGGUUUAUUAGGUACAGAAAACCAGUAUGAAGUCUCCCACCACAAUGCACUUAAAAUCCAGACAGCUCCAUAUGGCUAUCCCUCAGCUGUCAUCUAACAUCAGCUGUGCCAUAUGGCAGUAGCCUGAUGAGAGAUGAGGAGCAGGGCCCACUUCAACAGCUCCACAGAGAUACUAGCUGUUGCUGGCUCCUCCUCCCGCUGAACCAUUUCCAUUCAAGAUGGUCAUUGCAAGAAGUUCCUAACAUUAAGGCCAGUUGCCGGAGUGCAUUCUCCCCGCCCCCACUCCAUUUGCCUUGUGCGUCAUGCCUUUCAGAAGGUUAGCCUGUGGGCAAGAACUGUCUUGUUCAUUAUUGAUCAUAAUAUUAAAGCUCUUUUGGCCGAAGAGCAGUGGUACAAAAUGUUUUAAAUGAAUGACAAUCCCCAACCUCAUUUAACCCACCAUUUCCCUACCCCUGAACUAGAUAGAGAAGUCCUGUAAUAUCUGAAUGAAAUGUUCAGGUUUUAGUGGGUUUCCGAGAAGGGAAUGUUCAUCGCUCAACAAAUCUUUCUUUGUGCGCAUGGUUUGUUCGCAGAGCACACGGACCCCUUGUUGCAGAGGUUUUCAACCUUUCUGAGUCCACGGCUCCCUUGACCAACUGCAUUCUUUCUGUGGCAACCCUGCGGGGCUCAGGAGCCCAGUUAUAUCACCCUUUGCUUGCAGACCCGGAGCUUCUCACCCUUUUUCAAACACCCCCCCUAGUCCAUUCCCAACAGCAGGGGCUGGCAGACUGGGUGGCUGGGCUCCCUCGACCGCUUGCUUACUCUGAGGCCACCUCAGCUCCUGGCAACCAGCACCCCCUGACCAGCCCCAGAGGCACCAUUCACCUGGGGAGCUUGUAGCCAGGGCUGCUGCAACAAACAGCUGUGCAAGCCUUUGGGUGGCAGAGGCGCAAGAGGGCAUCAGAGGGAGGGAGGGAAGGAAAGAAGGACAGAGGGUUGCCUGCGACACCUCUGAGCAUCAUUCAAGGCACCCCAGGGUGCCACGGCACACUGGUUGAAAACCACUGCCUUGUUGAAUAAUGGUUAUAAUUUGGGGGUGCUAUAAAAAUCAUUGUGGAGCAGAAGUAUUGUGGCAAGUAUUUUCUGCUGUUCCAAAUAUCUCCUUUCUCUCUCAUGGUCAUUUAAAGAAACAUGUUUUCAAUGCACUUGAGAUCAAUUUGUUUGCUCAGCAUUUCCUCCCUUGAUAUUCGGAACACAGCAGACUUUGCACAGAAUGCGAUAUUUCUCCUUGAGGGAGAGACCUUCCUUUCCUGUCCUCUAGGACAGUUGUCCUCCUUCCCACUUAGCAGGCCGACCCCGAAGGAAAGCAAACGUCAUUACUCUCAGGAGACUCUCUCAAGCAGGUAUAGCUGACAGUGGAAUAAUUUUCCUUAAUCUGGUACAAAGCAGUCAACAUUUCUUGGCAGAGCAUUGGAGAAGCCUGAAAAACUGGGUGGAAGAUCUGCCCAACAGGACAAGGUUUUUGGCAGCUUGUUUGUAUUACAUUCAGCAUAUUGAACUCAAAGCAAGCAUUACUAGGACAGGUAAAAGAUGAAGAAGAUCUGGAAUAAUUCUCGGUCAGGGGUUCCAAAACUGUGAUCCACUAACCGCCAGUGGUCCACGAACUUCAUUCAGGUGCUCUGUGGAUGUGUGACCGAGGAUGGUCUAUUGCAUUAAAAAUAUUGAGUUUUAAUCAUAUUUUAAUUGCUUCUUGCAUUGUAUUUUAUUGUGUUACAUUUUAGAAUCUAUGGAGUACAAUAAAAUCAUAUAAAAGUGAAGUAUGCUAUAAAAAUACCAUUCAGAAUCAUAGAGCACCUAGCACAGAGCAUUACAAUUGCUGUACUGGGCACAAAAGCCAUUAUUAAGCGGUUUGCUAAGACCCUCAGCCGUUUUCAAGUGGUCUGGGGGCGGGGAGUUUGGGAACCAUUGUUCUAAGCCACUUGCUCGAAUGGGCAUUUCACUAACAAUACAUUGAGCUGUGUAGGCAGAAUUGCACUUUAAUUGGAGGAGGAAGCAGGAUUCUGUGCACUUGGUGAUGGAUAUAAGCAGCUGUUGUGAAUAAUACCAGCUAGCAGUGCUAUGCUGUGUCUUCUCCUUCCUGUCUUCAUUGACCCUUCUGCCCGAGGGCUGCUGCUUAAUGCAGUUUUGGGCUCUCAGACUCUGAGUGAGUCACAAAUGGCAGUCUAUAUUGGAGAGAGGUUGUGCUGCUUGGGCUGGCUUCAUAGUGAUUAGUCACAACAUUUUCCCCACAGUAAGCAAGGCCAGAGAGGGCAAGUGUUGUUGGACUACAACUCCCAUCAUCUCAGGCCAUAGGCCUGGCUGGUUAGAACUGGCAAGCGUUGAAAUCCAACAUCUGGGUGUCAGUAAAGUCCCAGCUCGUGGUAUAAGGAAAAUUAUGUAUACAUGUAUCUUAUCACAACAUGGGUGGCGCUGUGGGUUAAACCCAGAGCCUAGGGCUUGCCGAUCAAAAGAUCAGUGGUUCGAAUCCCCAUGACGGGGUGAGCUCCCAUUGUUCAGUCCCUGCUCCUGCCAACCUAGCAGUUCGAAAGCACGAAGUGCAAGUAGAUAAAUAGGUACCGUUCUGGCGGGAAGGUAAACGGCGUUUCCGUGCGCUGCUCUGGUUCACCAGAAGCGGCUUAGUCAUGCUGGCCACGUGACCCGGAAGCUGUACGCCGGCUCCCUCGGCCAAUAAAGCGAGAUGAGCGCCGCAACCCCAGAGUUGUCUGCGACUGGACCUAACGGUCAGGGGUCCCCUUUACCUGUCUUAUCACCAAAACCAAUUUGGGUUCAAAUUGUUGAAUGACAGCUGACAUCCACUGCAAGUAUUACUUAUUUUUAUAACCUGAGAUCACUUGCCUUUCAUUUUAGUGCAGCAACAACUGGGACUGGUUUUUCCUCUCUAAGCCCUUCCCUUUUGUUUGUCACAAUUGGAUUUUCAUUCUCAAGAUUUCAACUUGUGACGGCUCCUAAACGUUUCCAUAUUUAUGAAUCAAUACAGCUGUUACGUUUCUAUUUGGAGGUAUUGAAUUACUAUGAUCUGGCCUUCUGCUUCUCCUCUCCACGCCCCCGUUCCUUCUUCAGAGGAUAUACAGUAAUAGCAUUACAGGAUUACAAAUCCAUAAUUUUAAGCAAUUAGUAAUGUAACCAACCAGAUGUACGGGAUAUCAAUUUUUUCACAUAUAUGCUGGAGUUUUCAAGGUGGGAGGUGUCACAGAACAGCAUCUGCUCAAAGGUAUUAUACCCAAGCAAUCCUGAUCCACAGUCGCACCCCCCCCCACCAAAAAACCCCCCAGCUCCAGAGAGGUUCGGGGUGGAGAGGACUCUCAGAACAAGGUUGGAAGGUGCCAUGGUGGAGGCUGUGGGAAGGAGAAAGACUCUGGUGGCUUCAGCUAAGUAGAAUACAAAAGGGAGAAUUUCUCCUUUAACUAAACUCAUGCUUGUGAAACUGCAACUGGAACAGAAACCUACUUCGGUGCUGAAUGAAACCUAUAGUUAGGGAAAGUGGGGUUGGUGAAAACGAAUGCACUACCAAAAAUUCUUGUUUUCUCUUCUGUUGAACAUUCUGUAAUGAGUGGUGUGACUGUCUUGAAAAGCUGUCAGUAGGAAAUAAGCUAUUUUUUUUGUUUCCUUUUUGUGGGAGAUUGGGAAGACCACCUAGUGUUGUUUCUGAAACCAAACUAGGCUUUGGAGCGAAACUUCCUUGGUGUCUCUAAAUCAUGCAUUUUAAAAGCAGAUACCUGAAUGCUCAUCGUUUUAGGAGUGUAAUGGUAGUGAUGUCUAUCCGCUCCAACAAGGGGAUGGUAUGGAGAAGCAUACAUUUGCCGUGUAAAAUAUAUGUGUGUGAUAUCCUGUGAUCUUGUAGGAUAUAUCAGAUAUUGAGGUGUCAGUUGAGAGGGCAGAAAAGUACCCAGAGGAGAAGAACUCCCUUUUUGCACUAUCUAGGGUCCCCGUCCCUUGCUGUGUUCCUAUAAGAUGUUUCAGGAUGGUAGCUCCAAACCUGAAGAACUAGCGUGAUAGGAUUAUAAGAAGUUUCCUCAAACCAGGUCGUGCUUUUGGCUCACCUCGCCUGACACUGCCUGUUUUGACUGGCAGCAGUUCUUGAGAGCAUCUGUCAGAGAGAGGGGUCUUAGCCACCAUCUCCUACCUAAGAUGAUUUUAUAUGGAGACGCCAGAGAUUGAACUAGGAAGAAACACGUGCUCUACCACAGAUCUCUUUAUAAAUGAUGAUCUGGGCAGCAGCACAACAUCUCUGGAUGGAGCCCUUGCUUUCAUAGAGAUUGUAACGUGUGAACGAACCAAAACUUACCGUAUUUUUUGCUCCAUAAGGCGCACCGGACCAUAGGGCGCACCUAGUUUUUAAAGGGGGAAAUCAAGGGGGGAAAUCUUAUUUUCCCCCCAGCCCCAAAGAGCAGCGUACAGGCUGCGCGCAGCCUGUUCACUUCUCCCAGAGCUUCUGGGACUGCCAGGGGAAGCCCAGGUUCCCCCCCCCCAAAGAGCAAAGAAGCCAAGACAGCGAGCAGGAUCCAUCCCGCUCGCUGUUUUGGCUUCCUCUUUAGCCGCGCGCAACCUCUCCCUGCCGGAGGGGUUGCACGCGGCUAUGGCACAAGUCAAGACAGUGAGCGGGAUGGAUCCCGCUCGCUGUUUUGGGUUCCUCUUUAGCUGCGCGCAACCUCUCCAGCUGGGAGAGGCUGCGCGGGGCUAAAGAAGCCAUAGCUGCGUGCAGCCUCUCCCUGCUGGAGGGGCUGCGCGCGGCUAUCCCUGAAGCCUUCCGAGCGCAGCGCAAGUUCCCACUGCACUCCUCAGGCUUCGGGUUCCUUUUGCUGAAGCUGGAAGAGCAAGACUCUCCUGGCUUCAGCGAAAGGAACCUGAAGCCUCCGGAACGCAGCAGGAACUCGCGCUGCGCUCCGAAGGCUGUAGGCGGCUAUCCCUGAAGCCUGGAGAGCGAGAGGGGUCGGUGCGCACCGACGCCUCUCGCUCUCCAGGCUUCAGCGAAAGCAACGCGAAGUGCGGAGGGAGCACUCCCUCUGCGCUUCAGAGGCUUCGCGUUGCUAUGGCUGAAGCCAAGGAGCCUGCAUUCGGUAAUCAGCAAGGUGAUGUGGCUGUCUAUAUGUGCAUCAGAGUCACUCUAAAAGCCCCCGUUGUCAAUCUAUUUGUUACCCUGGGAGAUCAAUUUACUGAAUUUACAAGCUGAAAUUUUCAACCCGGCCCUGUACGUGGCUGGUUCCUAAAACCUUCCUACUCCGAGGAAAUUGAAAUAAGCAUCCAGGAAUUUGGGCCACUUCUCCAGCCCAGGACUGAAGUCCUUACCUCAGAGGCUUGUUAUGAAGUAAAAAAAAUAUGAAUGCGUUAAUCACAUUUGGUUUUGCCCUUCCUCCGAGGAGUAUAGGAGACUUUAGAUGAGAUCAUUCUCCUAUAAAUUAGGCGGUGGACUUGGGGAAUCUGAAAUUCUUGUAUGCAUUCUGCCAGCUACGUGUUGGUUGAUCUUGAACCAGUUUUUUCUCUCUCUUUCUCUUUGUCUAAUAGGCCUCACAGGGUGACUUUAAAUUAAGGGAGGGGGGCAAGGAGAGCUGUGUGCAACCCCCUCCCCAAAUCUCAUGGAGAACAGGGUCAGUAAAAAUGGGGAAAAACAACCAAAGAGACUAUUUUCCAUUUUAAACGAUAUUCCACAGAGCUUGAAUCAAGGAUAUGCUGUUAAACUUGCAGCAUCUAAAGAGAUGCUUUGUUGUUGUUGUUGUUUAGUCAUUUAGUUGUGUCCAGCUCUUUGUGACCCCCUGGACCAGAGCACACCAGGCACUCCUGUCUUCCACUGCCUCCCGCAGUUUGGUCAAACUCACGCUGGUAGCUUCGAGAACACUGUCCAACCAUCUCGUCCUCCGUCAUCCCCUUCUCCUUGUGCCCUCCAUCUUUCCCAACAUCAGGGUCUUUUCCAGGGAGUCUUCUCUUCUCAUGAGGUGGCCAAAGUCUUGGAGCCUCAGCUUCAGGAUCUGUCCUUCCAGUGAGCACUCAGGGCUGAUUUCCUUCAGAAUGGAGAGGUUUGAUCUUCUUGCAGUCCAUGGGACUCUCAAGAGUCUCCUCCAGCACCAGAAUUCAAAAGUAUCCAUUCUUCGGCGAUCAGCCUUCUUUAUGGUCCAGCUCUCACUUCCAUACAUCACUACUGGGAAAACCAUAGCUUUAACUGUACGGACCUUUGUUGGCAAGGUGAUGUCUCUGCUUUUUAAGAUGCUUAAAUAAACCAAAAACCCUACAUAAUACUGGUGGCUCUGUUUAUAACAUUUUCCUGACUCCUGUUUGAUGCUUGUCAAAGCUCUACCAAAUUCCAGUGUCUUAUAGCUUACUUCUGAGAACAGGUGUGCCCUUGGCCAUCAGUACGUGGAAUAGGAUGAGUCCGUAACUCAAGUCAAGAGUCCCAGAGGGCCUGCUUAACAAAAGGGCUUAAGAGGCCUUACAAAAUUGAGAUUGCCUUCUGCCAGGGGCCAUGCUUUCAGCCAGGCAGCCUGACAUAUUUAUGGCACCUGCAGCGUUCUGCGGAAGGCUUUAUUGGGAGUUAUUAAUAUUCAGGUGUGGGUGUGUGCAGGGGAGAAGCAGCCUCUCAUUAAACUGGCACUGAGUGCUAUAAAGGGAAAGCUUUGUACAUCCUGUUUCUGAAAGUGGAUCUGAGCAGGCAGGUGGCUGCGCGCGCACAUUCCUCGCAAACUGUCUCAUCGCCAUGAAACGACAUCGCAAGCAGAAAAACCUACUAAAAAUCUCAAAGGUGAAACACGGGCUUCUUCUGCAUGCCUACUACAUACAGGGGUCUAUAAGCAUUAGCUUAGUUUACUAGCUGGACAUUAUUUGUGGCAGUUUCUGGAUAUUGCUGUUUCAGGUGUCAGAUUUGUGCCUCUGUGUCCCAUGACACACGCAGGGCUGCCUUUGAAGACGGUUCGGAAACUCCAUCUUGGGCAGAAUUCGUUAGCCAGGUUGCUGACCGGGGCAAGACGGUUUGAGCAUAUUACACCAAUCCGGACCCAUCUGCACUGGCUGCCCAUUAGCUUCCGGGCCCAAUUCAAAGUGCUGCUUUAUAAAGCCUUAAACAACUCAGGACCGCGAUCCCUCCAAGACAGCCUCUCUCUAUAUGAACUGACCCAGACCCUGAGAUCAUCAUCUAAGGCCCUCCUUUGUGUGCCUCCUCCUCGGGAGGUCCAGAGGGUGGCAACAUGAGAACGGGGCCUUUUCUCCAGUGGCUCCCCGUCUGUGGAAUUCUCUUCCCAGGGAGGUUUGCCUGGUGCCUUCAUUAUUCACCUUUAGGCGCCAGGCAAAGAUGUUCCUCUUUAACCAGGCCUUUUAAAUGUGUUGUGGGCGAAGGGAUCAUCAGUUUGUUCUUAUUUUUAUUAUGCAUUUUGUGAUUUUUUAAUAUUGUAAAUUUAUGUUGUGAGCUAUGAGAUCUUUGGGUAUAGAGUGGUAUGCAGAUUUAAAAUAAUAAUAAUAAUAAUAAUAAUAAUGAUGAUGAUGAUGAUGUCAAGACUGCAGAAGAGCAUUGCUGGCAAAUGAGAGCAUAUAUCUCAUUGGAAGACAGAGCAGACGAAUGAGCCUGUGAAAUUGUGGCUGAUAUUUUUAGGUCCUGUAAUAGUGUAGUCUGAGUAGAGACGGGGAAGAAAUUGGCACCUGGGCUUGUUUCAGAGGUUUGUCCCUGUAUUUGUAUCUACGUUAGGUAUUGUCUUGCUGCUGUACAUUGAGUCAAACCAUUGGUUCAUCUCAUUGUUGUCAACACUGACUCUCCCCACCCCAGAGUGGCUCUCCAGGCUUUCAGGCAAGGAUCUCUCCCAGCCGUAUCUGGAGGUGCCAGUGAUUCAACCCAGGGUUCUUCUGCGAGCCAAGCUGAUUUUCUGCCGCUGAGCUGUGGCCUUCCUCCAAGCUGAUAUUUGCCCCGUUCAUCUUUGCCCAUAUUCUGCAGACAGCAGCAAGGAGCUUUACAACAUACUGUUCCGGAAUUGCUUUAUCGGACUAGUAAUACAUUUUAUUAAACACACCCAGAUGGCACUCACAAGCGAGCUUUCCAUCACAGACGCUGAAAAUAGCACGUUGGCAUAAAUGUUUCUGCAUGGAAUGUUAAUGAAAUGCUCGUAUGUCAACAGUAGGUUUGAGAUCCUGCUAUAGGUUAUUUCCUGGUGCCAGUCAAUUUGAAGUUUGUUCUCUUCAUCACUGUGGUGGCAGUAGCUCUCAACAUGUUAAAAAAAAAAAAAAAGACUUUUCCUGGGGGCUCACUCUGCAAUCUGCUACAGAUGGCUUGGGCACCUUGCCAAACCUCUUAUUCUUCCCGCCAUCAUCUUGGAAUGCGUGUUUGAUAAAACCAGGGAAGAGAAGUGGAUUCUGAGCUCACCUGAACUGAGUAGCUUCGACUGGAACUGAACCGUCCUGGCCAGAUCCCUUUUCCCCACUUUCCCCCAUUGCUCACCCCACUGCUUGUGUUUAUACAUCAACACAACUUGGCACCCUUUGCGCCUAAGAAUGUGGGCACAGGUGGUGCCAAAGAUUUUGCUCAGAGCAAACCCGAGAGAAUAUUGUUUUGACUGAGAGAGAAAGGUGUAAAUCCAAGCCUUAGCACUUCCCACUCAGAGCUGACAUAUGAAAUGUUCAAGCUAGAGAGUAACGCACAUGACUCGAGCUUUCCCGUCUUACACCAUCCUUCAUCCCACCACAAUUAGGGUGUAACGCCUUCUGAGGAUGCUGAGUCCUACAGCCACAUAAAAGAGACGUUCACCCAUAGGUACCAAACUGGCAAUCUUAAUUCCGGCUAGGGAUUCAUCCAGCCCAGCCUUUCGGAUGAUGAAUUCUGCAUAUAAGUUAAAUAAGCAGGGAGACAAUAUACAGCCUUGUCGUACUCCUUUCCCAAUUUUGAACCAAUCAGUUGUUCCAUAUCCAGUUCUAACUGUAGCUUCUUGUCCCACAUAGAGAUUUCUCAGGAGACAGAAUGAGGUGAUCAGGCACUCCCAUUUCUUUAAGAACUUGCCAUAGUUUGCUGUGGUCGACACAGUCAAAGGUUUUUGCAUAGUCAAUGAAGCCGAAGUAGAUGUCUUUCUAGCUUUCUCCAUAAUCCAGCGCAUGUUUGCAAUUUGGUCUCUGGUUCCUCUGCCCCUUCGAAAUCCAGCUUGCACUUCUGGGAGUUCUCGGUCCACAUACUGCUUGAGCCUUCCUUGUAGAAUUUUAAGCGUAACCUUGCUAGCGUGUGAAAUGAGUGCAAUUGUGCGGUAGUUGGAGCAUUCUUUGGCACUUCCCUUCUUUGGGAUUGGGAUGUAGACUGAUCUUCUCCAAUCCUCUGGCCACUGCUGAGUUUUCCAAACUUGCUGGCAUAUUGAGUGUAGCACCUUAACAGCAUCUAUCGUAUCGUAAAAGGGGUUUGUUGUUGUUUAGUCGUGUGGAGUUGAAUAAAUCCUCUCCAUGUGCUAAGAUCCCCUCUAAGCUUAAUUGCACAGUGGGGUAUUUUUAGUAAGGAGAGAAGGGGAGAAAAUCUAGGGGGAAGAAAAAGGAAGUGGCAGAAAGCAUUGUGAGAAUUCUGGCUCCUCCUCCUUAGCUCAAAAUCUUCCUACAACUUUCUCCCGCCACAUUCAUCCUUGGUAUCCAGGCAGGACCCAAGGGGAUGUUCCCCAUCCGAUGCUCUGUUUCGGUUAGCGCUCUCAUGAAAGACGGAGACCCAGCAGAGUGCCCAACUUAAAUAAUAAUAAUAAUAAUUACUAUUAUUAUUAUUUCUACCCCGCCCAUCUGGCUGGGCUUCCCCAGCCACUCUGGGCGGCUUCCAAAAAAAUAUUAAAAUACUGUAAUACAUCAAACAUAUUAAAAGCUUCCCUAAACAGGGCUGCCUUCAGAUGUCUUCUAAAAGUCUGGUAGUUGUUGUUCUCUUUGACAUCUGGUUUGACAACUUGCCCUUAGGUACACAGGGAUCCGGUUGGGAGAUCUUGCUCCUGACUUCAAGGCUCAAGUGCCGGUCGGGUGUCUCCCACAGAGAACCUUUUUGGAUUCUAAAGGCAGCGUUCCAGCCACGUUCAAAUGUGGCCCUCGAAAACCACAGGCAGAAUGUUACCCUGGCUCUGUUCAGAAUCAGACGUGGGAAUCUAGGCUAGUAAGUGAUCGGCAUCAUGUGUGCCUAACUUCAUUUCCGGCCAAAGAUUUUAAUUUGCAUUCUUUUUGGUUUUCAUAAGCAGAGUUUGCUGGUUCUCCUUUUCUUUUUUAAGGGACUGCUGGAACCUGGUUGCUGAGGGAAAGGUUUUUGCAGUGGCUCAAGGAAAACACACAGACGGCUUCUUGCCAUGUGAUCUAACAUGUGGGUUAGGCGCUGUAGCACCGUAAGAUCUCGUUUUAUCUGCCCAGCCUCCUCCCGUGGGGUUUUCUCAGUUUCCAUAAAAGACCUUUUAUGUAUUUAUAAUAUGCCUAUGAUAUGCCAACAUGUCAGAUGCAAGUAGAUUCUGUGUCCCUGGGGAACAGGAAACUGAGGGUGUGUCUGCUGUUAUCUCUCCCGGCUGCCUUAUCUGUGUUUCUCCCUGAGAGAAGGAACACCACCACUUGUGGGAUUUUCAGAAGAAUCUGAUUAAGAGACAGUAGAUUGCGCAGAGUAAUUCUAAUCGUAAAAGUACAGUGGUGCCUCGCAAGACGAAAAGAAUCCGUUCCGCGAGUCUCUUCGUCUUGCGGUUUUUUCGUCUUGCGAAGCAAGCCCAUUAGCGGUUUAGCGGAUUAGCGCUAUUAGCGGCUUAGCGGGCUUAGCGGAUCAGCUGAUAAGCGGCUUAGUGGCUUAACGGAUCAGCUGUUAAGCGGCUUAGCGGAUCAGCUGAUACGCGGCUUAGUGGCUUAGCGAUCAGCUGUUUAGCGGCUUAGCGGAUCAGCUGAUAAGCGGCUUAGCGAUCAGCUGUUUAGCGGCUUAGCGGAUCAGCUGAUAAGCGGCUUAGCGGCUUGGGGAAAAGGGGGGGGGAAGGAAAAAAACCCCGCAGGAACUCGCAAGACAUUUUCGUCUUGCGAAGCAAGCCCAUAGGAAAUUCUUUUUGCGAAGCACCUCCAAAACGGAAAACCCUUUCGUCUAGCGGGUUUUCCGUCUUGCGAGGCAUUCGUCUUGCGGGGCACCACUGUACUGAAUAGGUUAUUGCUAAGGUGGCUGUUCUUGUUUCAUAGAAGCUUAGGUUGUUGUGGAUUCCGCUUGUGUGUACACGCACAGGGAUAGCUUAACGUGGUAAGCCUCCAGAUGUUUUGGACUACAACUCCCAUCAACCUCAGCCAGCAGGCUCAUGGGAGUUGCAACAUAGGGAGGGCACUGUGCUGGCUAUCCCUGCAAUACCGCAGCCUCCCCCAAAUCUGGUGCCCCCUGAUUCCUUGGAAUACAACUCCCCUCAUUCCCAGCCAACAUGGCUGUGCUGGCAGAGGUUGAUGGGAGUUGUAGUCCAAAGCUUCAGGAGGCAGGAAAUGAUGCUGUAAGCAUAAGCUUUCUCGUUCUAUUUAUUUAUUUAUUUAUUUAUUUUAAAGAAUUACUGAACAAGCAGAGUCUUCAUAUACAUGCAAUACCAGCAAACAAACAUAGAAAUUAUUGAGAAUAUACAUACAAAAGAACAAAAAGAAAGCAAAAAAAGAAAAAGGGGGGGAGGGAGGGAAGAAAAGAAAAAAAGAAAAGAAAUAAGAAUAAAAUUAUGACUAGAGUAAAAAAAAUAGUAAUAUCUCAUAUUUCAGUCCGCAAAGAAAAGAAACUUCCGACUAUACCCGUUGUACUAAUUUUCAAAUAAACUAUUAUUUACACAGUUACACAACGUUGUUUUUUUGUUACCUUAAUUUAACUUUAUCUGGCAUGUACUUUGUAUUACAAGGCUCAUUCAAUAUCUGCCAGAAAACUUUUACUAUUGCAGUACCCUUUGAGUAAGCAUUCUCAUUUUAGACCCGCCCUUGUGCUGGCAGCCUAUCAAACUAAAUAUAAGGAAGAUACCGACUUUUCCCAUUGGUCUGGCUAGCCCUGUAUUGGCCAACUAAUUGGCUCUUCAGGGUCUUGGGCAACUUGCUACCCAAGCUCCUUUUGAACAUCACUGCCAGAGAUGUCAAGCAUUUAAAGGUAAAGGUAAAGGUACCCCUGCCCGUACGGGCCAGUCGUGUCCGACUCUAGGGUUGUGCGCCCAUCUCACUUAAGAGGCCGGGGGCCAGCGCUGUCCAGAGACACUUCCGGGUCACGUGGCCAGCGUGACGAAGCUGCUCUGGCGAGCCAGCACCAGCGCAGCACACGGAAACACUGUUUACCUUCCCGCUAUAAAGCGGUACCUAUUUAUCUACUUGCACUUAAGGGUGCUUUCGAACUGCUAGGUGGGCAGGAGCUGGGACCGAAAGAUGGGAGCUCACCCCGCUGCGGGGAUUCGAACCGCCGACCAUGCGAUCGGCAAGCCCUAGGCACUGAGGUUUUACCCACAGCGCCACCCGCGUCCCUGUCAAGCAUUUACUCUGCCUCAGAGCUUACAUCAAACAUGGACUAGUAUCCCAUUCUGAAAUGGCACAUUUCCCCUUGGAACCAAAUAGCUGAUGUCUCUUCCUUUCUCUUUUACUGCACAGGUCGGUGACCACAAAUUCAGUGCCCACCGGAUUGUCUUGGCGGCCUCCAUCCCUUACUUCCAUGCCAUGUUUACAAACGACAUGAUGGAGUGCAAGCAAGAUGAAAUUGUCAUGCAGGGCAUGGAUCCAAGGUAAUAAUAAUAAUACAGUGGUGCCUCGCAAGACGAAAAGAAUCCGUUCUGUGAGUCUCUUCGUCUAGUGGUUUUUUCGUCUUGCGAAGCAAGCCCAUUGACGGAUUAGCGGAUUAGCGCUAUUAGCGGCUUUUAGCGGCUUAUCAGCUUAUCGGAUAAGCAGAUAAGCGGCUUAGCGGCUUAGAAAAAGAGGGGGGAAAGGAAAAAAAAAACGCAGGAACUCGCAAGACAUUUUCGUCUUGCGAAGCAAGCCCAUAGCAGAUUCGUUUUGCGAAGCACCUCCAAAACGGAAAACUCUUUCGUCUAGCGAGUUUUCCGUCUUGCGAGGCAUUCGUCUUGCGGGGCACCACUGUAAUAAUAAUAAUAAUAAUAAUAAUAAUAAUAAUAAUAUUUAUUUAUACCCCGCCCUCCCCAGCCAAGGUCGGGCUCAGGGCGGCUAACAAGCAAUAAUAAAAAGAAGUUGAAUGAAUACAACUUAAAAACAAGUUUAAAAUACAUUAAAAUAUUGAAACAUUAAAAUGCAGCCUCAUCACAGGAGGAGAAAGGAAAAAGGAAAAAGAAAGAGGGGGAGGGAAUCAAACUGGUUCCAAGCCAAAGGCCAGGCGGAACAACUCUGUCUUACAGGCCCUGCGGAAAGAAAUCAGAUCCUGCAGGGCCCUGGUCUCAUUAGGCAGAGCGUUCCACCAGGCUAGAGCCAGUGUUGAAAAGGCCCUGGCUCUGGUUGAGGCUAAUCUGACUUCGUUAGGGCCCGGGACCACUAGGGUGUUGCUGUUUAUGGACCUUGAGGCUUUCCGUGGGGCAUACCGGGAGAGGCGGUCCCGUAGAUACGAGGGUCCUAGGCCGUGAAGGGCUUUAAAGGUCAAAAGCAGCACCUUAAAUCUGACCCUGUACUCCACCGGGAGCCAGUGCAGCUGGAAAAGCACUGGGUGAAUAUGCUCCCAUGGCAGAGACCCCGUGAGGAGCCUCGCUGCAGCAUUCUGCACCCACUGGAGUUUCUGGGACAGCUUCAAGGGCAGCCCUGCGUAGAGCGAAUUACAGUAGUCAAGCCUGGAGGUGACCGUCGCAUGGAUCACUGUGGCCAGGUCGGGGCGGGAAAGGUAAGGGACCAACUGCUUGAUGGUAAUCCAUGGGGAGUUCAUUUCGGGGGUGCAGCAGCUUAGAAACACUGAAAAAGGGAACUGAUCCUUCUCAGUUGUGGAAAAAAGUCGCCCCCGAAAUGAAAAAUUGGAAUCUCCCAUUUACUACUCAAUGAAAAUGACUUCAAGAAUUUGUCAGAAAUAUUGAAACCUUACCAAAAAUUGCUGGUACAGUCAUACCUCGGGUUGAAUGUGCUUCGGAAUGAGCGCAUUCGAGUUGCGCUCCACGGCAACCCAGAAGUAACAGAGCGCGUUACUUCCGGGUUUCGCCGCUUGCGCAUGCGCAGACGCUCAAAAUGACGUCAUGCGCAGAAGCGCCAAAACAUGGCACGUGCACAUGCAGACACGCAGACACGGGUUACGUUUGCUUCUAGAUGCGAACUGGGCUCCGGAACAGAUCCCGUUCGCAUCUAGAGGUACCACUCUAUUGGAGAAUCGCUUGAAGCAGGAGCCAUCCUUACUCCAGAUACCAGGAAGUAAUCAGCGCUCAGAACGCACAAAGUAAGGUGGGAACUUUAUGGUGCUUGUAACCAAGACAAACCACAACCUCCAUUUAUUCUAAACAAUAAAAAGUGAUAUACAGAGUACAAAACAUUGCACAAGUACAGUGGUACCUCGGGUUAAGUACUUAAUUCAUUCCGGAGGUCUGUUCUUAACCUGAAACUGUUCUUAACCUGAAGCACCGCUUUAGCUAAUGGGGCCUCCUGCUGCCGCUGUGCCGCCGGAGCACGAUUCUGUUCUCAUCCUGAAGCAAAGUUCUUAACCCGAGGUAAUAUUUCUGGGUUAGCAGAGUUUGUAACCUGAAGCGUAUGUAACCUGAGGUACCACUGUACUAGAAAAUUUGUAACCUCUGGUUUUCCUGCAUUAUAAUCCAUAAUUAUAAUCAUUACAUAAUUCAUUAUACAGUUACAAAAAAAGUUUUAUUGAUUUCGGGGUGAGUUUUUCUCCCCAAAACAUUUGGAAACGGCAGUUCAUUCCUUUGCUUUUAGGCAAAAGUUCAUCUAACUAAGCUUACAGGAACAUGAGGUUGUAAAGAUGUUAUAACCUUAGUACAUCACAGUUGCUGUUUUCCAGCUUAUCUCUGCAAUCCCAAGGACCAGAAGCGCAAUGUUCUUGUUGCUGUUGAAGGCCUGGAAUCCUUGGAAUCUGACAAGGGCCUAUCAAUCAACACAGACCUUGCCCGGGGUUGAACGUUGCUGCCCCUCCCCACCGACCCUCACUCAAACACACACACACACGUUUUGAAGUGGCUUAUAAAGUCAUGUGUGUGUUUACUAACAUCUCAUACUUUCCCAUUCUUCUCUGGCCCGUUUAGCGCACUGGAAGCUCUGAUCAACUUUGCCUACAAUGGGCACUUGGCAAUCGACCAGCAGAACGUCCAGUCCUUGCUGAUGGGGGCAAGUUUCCUGCAACUGCAAAACAUCAAGGAUGCCUGCUGCUCAUUCCUCAGAGAGAGGUGAGGGGGCUGCUUCCAGAUAAUCUCGCUGCUAUGACGCAGGGUGUGGUUUUUAUUUUAUUUUAUUUUUUCAAUUUUUUUUAUUGAUUUUAACAGAUAGAACAUACAAAACGUACAAAAGAAAGCACACCACAAUACUACACAACAAAAGAAAAGAAAAAACAGAAAUAAAAACACAUAUUCUUUCUAAAGUUCAUUUUAAAUUUCAUUAUUAACUGACUUCCUCGAAUCCCCUCUAACUGAAUUUCAUUAUAUCUUUUUUUAUAAUAAUUUUUAUUAAUUUUAACAUAUAAAUUAUAAUGCAUACCACAAAACUUCACCACUUAUACAAUCUUUUUUUGGACAUCUAUCAGCACCUUUGAUGAUCCACCGUUUUAACCACUUCUUAUGCAUUUCUUAAAUUCAUAUUGCCUUUAAUUAUUCUUAACUAACCAUCCUCCCCUUUAUCUAUUUUUGCAAUAGUUCCAAUAAUUCACCUCACAGAACUUCUUACAAUGAAUUUCAUUAUAUCACCUUGUAACAGUUCUCCAAAAUCAUCUUUCUACUACAGUUAACUCCUUCAAUCUACUAUCUUCAUCUCUUUUCUUACUGACUUAGAUCCAUAUUAAUAUACAACAUCCUUAUUCUAAUCCUAGGCCUAUUUGGUACUUUCAAGUAUUUUCGACUUAUCAUAUUACAAUAUUUAUCUAAAUCAUCUUUAAAUUUCUUCCAAUCUUCUUGGUGUUCCUCUUCUUUCUGAUCGCGGAUUCUUCCAGUCAGGUCUGCCAGCUCCAAAAACUCCAACAUCUUCAUCUGCCAUUCUUCUACUGUUGGUAUUUUUGAGAUUUCCUUGACGCAGGGGGUGCUUUGUGUGACUGUUUCCCUUAUCCCAAGGCGGAAUCGUAGGCGCAUCAAGAUUUCAGAGAUUCCGUCCGUCCUCUGCAAUCCAGACUGUGUGGCAUGCUACAAAGCAGGAAGUGUGUGCAAAAUAGAGAUAGCUCCUGAUACGGAAGUGAGGCAAAAUCUUUCUUGCACAGACACACACCAGGGAAAACCCGGCCAGCAGCUAGCAUUUCCGGGGGCCCGUUUUGAGAAGAGCUUAAGGAACGGUGGUCCACCACCUUGGUUGCCAUUUCCUGAAAGCAAAAUCUGCUGUUGCAGCAGAUAUUGAAUUUCCUGAAGGCAAAAUCUGUUGCUGCAGCAGAUACUGCCACUGUACCAGCCCCCAGGCACGGAAGAGGUGGUCUAAGGGCCCCCCUCCCAACCCCUAAGACAGGCAUAGGCAAACUCGGCUCUCCAGAUGUUUUGGGACUACAAUUCCCAUCAUCCCUGACCACUGGUCCUGCUAGCUAGGGAUCAUGGGAGUUGUAGUCUCCAAAAAUCUGGAAGGCUGAGUUUGCCUAUACCUGCCCUAAGAAGUCUGUUGAAGGCAUGGCAGUGGGGAUUUAAAGAUGUCUCCUAUUUCACAGCCUUCCCCCCAAGUUAACUUGAGUUGAGUUAAGAAACUUAAGAGUACUUCGUACGAGAGAACCACAGAGCCAGCUUAAUACAAAGUUAUACAUUUCUGUAUAAUAAUAAUAAUAAUAUUUUAUUUAUAUCCCGCCCUCCCCAGCCAAAGCCGGGCUCAGAGCGGCUAACAACAAUAAAAAUAGCACAGUUUACAUAAAAUCACAGUCAGUUAAUUGCAAUACAUUCUAAAAUCAAUUCAAAAUCAAAUUAAUGGUAACCAUUGGGCUAGAGUUCUAUGAGGAUUACAGGAGGAGAGAGGGGGUCAGGCUGUGCCUUGGCCAAAGACCUGGUGGAACAGCUCUGUCUUGCAAGCCCUGCAGAAAUAUGUCAAGUCCCGCAGGGCCCUAGUCUCUUGGGACAGAGCGUUCCACCAGAUCGGAGCCACGGCCGAAAAGGCCCUGGCUCUGGUUGAGGCCAGCCUAAUUUCCCUGUGGCCCGGGACCUCCAAGAUAUUUUUGUAUGAAGACUCCGUGGGACAUACCAGGAGAGGCGGUCCCAUAGGUACGAGGGUCCUAGGCCGUAUAAGGCUUUAAAGGUCAAAACCAGCACCUUAAACCUGAUCCUGUACUCCACCGGGAGCCAGUGCAGCAGGGAGAAAAGGCAGGUUAUAAAUACAUAUAUAUAAAUAAUGAUGAUGAUACAUUUAAAGCUAGAUGAGACUCAGCUCUUCUUCUAGGUUGUUGGGAUUGUCCUGUCCCAGCACCUUUGGAUAGGUGCCCCGCUGGAGUGAGCCAAGGAGGCUACUGGAAGAUGGUUUCUCAUGAGCAAGUCCCAACAGUUGAGGUGCCUGGAAAUCUCUCUUCACCAUUUUGGAACUCCUCCUCCCUUUUUUUUUAAAGAAAAGACCGCAGCUCAGGGGCUGACCAACCUUGGAACCAAAAGCAAUAAUAAUAGUAAUAAUAAUAUUAUUUACCCCGCCCAUCUGGCUUGGUUUCCCCAGCCACUCUGGGCAACUUCCAGCAGAAUAUUAAAAUACAAUGAUUCAUUAAACAUUAAAAGCUUCCCUAAAGAGGGCUGCCUUCAGAUGUCUUCUAAAAGUCUGAUAGUUGUUUAUCUCCUUGACAUCUGAUGGGAGGGCGUUCCACAGGGUGGGCGACACUACCGAGAAGGCCCUCUGCCUGCUUCCCUGUAACUUUGCUUCCCACAGUUAGGGAACCACCAGAAGGCCCUCAGAGCUGGACCUCAGUGUCCAGGUGGUAGAAUAAUAAUAAUAAUAAUAAUAAUAAUAAUAUUUCAUAUACCACCAUUUAUCAAAACAUCCUAGGGUGGUGGGAGCUUUGUUGCAUCUUAAAGACGAACUAAUUCAUUGUGGCAUGGCAGUCGUGGACUAUAGUGUACUUCGCCAGAUCUAUGAAAUGCUAAUAAGUAGAACCAAGUGUAAAGGGAUAUGGGUGGCGCUGUGCGUUAAACCACAGAGCCUAGGACUUGUCGAUCAGAAGGUCGGCGGUUUGAAUCCCUGUGACAGGGUGAGCUCCCGUUGCUCAGUCCCUGCUCCUGCCAACCUAGCACAUCAAAGUGCAAGUAGAUAAAUAGGUACCGCUCCGACGGGAAGGUAAACGGCAUUUCCGUGCGCUGCUCUGGUUCGCCAGAAGCGGCUUAGUCCUGCUGCCCACAUGACCCGGAAGCUGUACCCCGGCUCCCUCGGCCAAUAAAGCAAGAUGAGCGCCACAACCCCAGAGUCGGCCACGACUGGACCUAAUGGUCAGGGGUCCCUUUACCUUUACCUAGAACCAAGUUUAGCUUACUCACUCUAAAAAAUAUGUGGUGGCCAAAGUUACAGAGACGAAUCCCUUUAACAACCUAUUUGAUCUCUUUCCCCAUACUUAUUUUUAAAUACUGAUGAUUCCUUUGCGGUGUUGCUUGGAUGGCUUUAAAAGAGGAUUAGACAAAUUCACGGAGGAUAAGGCUUUCUGUGGCUACUAGCCUUGAUGACUGUGCUUAGAAUCAGAACGAGCCACGAUCAGGAGAAUACUAUUUCAAAAAGCAGGCGCUUAACAAAAGCCAGACCCUUAAUUUGUCCACCAAAUGCAGUCCUCUGUAGUAGCAUUGCUCCUGAAAUCUUUGGUGCCAUGCCCCAAAAGAGUGCAUUUGUGGACAGGUUAAACAGCCAGGGUCCUUGAUGCAGAAAGUGGAGGCUGCCUUCCUCUGCCCCUGUAGGUUGUUCCCUUUCUCUGUAGAGGACGUUGCCUUCUUCUCAAGUUCACAGUAAGGCGCAGUAAAGGCAGAGGGCCCUAUCCACUUCCUUGUCCAUUUGCAUCUAGGGCAAAGGUAGAGUGACCUAGAAGAGGAAAUUGCUGAGCAGUCUGGCUUUAUAGCUUUUGGACCGGUUUCGCUGGAGAGAAUGCCUGGCCGAAGCUUCUGUGGAAUGCUGCCCUGUAACUUGGGCUGGGUCAAAAGACAUGCACACUUGUUGCCAGUUCAUCAGAAAAGGAGAAUUUGAAAUAUCCGUGGCCUGCCAAGAAGCCAUUCUCUUCCCCCCUCCCUUCCACUCAUACCAUGGGAGUUAAGCCGCAUCGUUGACGUGCCUCUAGUUAAAGGGUCAGAGGACCAGAUGGGUCUGCAGCCAGCAGGGCUGAUCUGCCGCUACCCGUAUUGCUUGAUUUCUCUCUCCCUCUCCCUGAUGCAAUUGUAAAUAAGUGCUUCAGUAGAAGAGAGGACUGUGAACUUCACGUCAAAGCCUGCUUUGGGUAGUCUUUUAGACAGGGUGAAGAGGAACCUUCUUUCUGUUGGCCGGGAGGUGGGGGCGGUAGCUAGCCACAGUCAUAGACAGAUUCCAGGUGUCAAAUCAAAGAGCCAAUUACCGUAUUUUUCGCUCUAUAGGACGCACCCGACCGUAGGACGCACCUAGUUUUAGAGCGGGAGAACAAGAAAAAAAAUUACCGUCUUUUUCGUUCUAUAAGACGCACCAGACCACAAGACGCACCUAGUUUUUGGAGGAGGAAAACAAGAAAAAAAAUAUUCUGAAUCUCAGAAGCCAGAACAGCAAGAGGGAUCGCUGCUCUUGCUGUUCUGGCUUCUGGGAUAGCUGCACAGCCUGCAUUCACUCCAUAAGAUGCACACACAUUUCCCCUUACUUUUUAGGAGGGAAAAAGUGAGUCUUAUAGAGCAAAAAAUACGGUAUCUCCCUUUCUGCACAGCGCCUCUUCAGCAAAGCGGCAGGAGAAAUGGAGCCCCUUCCAUUUCUCUGCCUGCUUCGCUGAAGGGGCGCUGCGCAGAGAGGGAAAGCUACGCACUGCCUCUCCAGCGAAGCAAAGCCAGGAGAGCGAGAGGGAUCGGUGUGCACGGACCCCUCUCGCUCUCCAGGCUUCAGUGAAAGCAACGCGAAGCCUCCGGAGCGCGGCGGGAGCGCUCCCACUGCGCUUCGGAGGCUUUGCGUUGCUGUCGCUGAAGCCAUGGAGCCUGCAUUCGCUCCAUAAGACGCACACACAUUUACCCUUAAUUCUUGGAGGGGGAAAAUUGCGUCUUAUAAAGCGAAAAAUACGGUAUAUAGAUUUCCAGAAAAGAAAAGGAGAAAACUGGUGGCUUUGCCAGUAUAAGAUAUGCACACACUGUGCCGAAAAGGUUCCCCCUGAAAGAGACGAAAACCUCAGGUAAAUGCAGGCUGCCAAGUAGGGAUUUUAUUUUAUUUUAUUUACCAUACUUUCCCGUCUAUAAGACGCCCCCUAUUUUGUUGUUUAGUCGUGUCCAACUCUUCUUGACCCCAUGGACCAGAACAUGCCAGGCACCUGAACACACCCCAGGGUCAGCGUGGCUGUGUGACUGUGUGAAACAGGGUUUCCCAAACUUUGCUGGUUUUGGACUACAAUUCCCAUCAUCCCUGACCGCUGGUCCUGCUAGCUUGGGAUGAUGGGAGUUGUAGUCCAAAAACAGCUGGAGACCCAGGUUUGGGAAAAUCCUGUUCUAGAGGGUGACGGGGGUUGGGGACUGGCUUUUGCUUAGGUCAGACACUUUCUUAGCUGUUCAACUCUCUCAUGUUCAUCUGCACCAUCCUUAAAGGCUUCACCCAAAAAACUGCCUGGGCGUGCGCCAGUUUGCCGAAACUAUGAUGUGUGCCGUACUCUACGAUGCUGCCAACAGCUUCAUCCACCAGCACUUUGUGGAGGUUUCUGUGUGCGAAGAGUUCCUGGCCUUGCCCUUGGAAGAUGUCCUGGAGCUGGUCUCGAGGGAUGAGCUCAACGUUAAGUUAGAAGAGCAGGUAGGUGCCUCCGAGGUCCCAAGGUGCGUUGGUCGCUCAUCGCAAGGUUUGCCUUCCACCAUUCCUGGUAUGCCCCACGGAGAGCCUCAAGGUGCAUAAAUAGCAACACCCUAGUGGUCCCAGGCCCUGAGGAAGUCAGACUAGCUUCAACCAGAGCCACAGCCUUUUCAACACUGGCUCCAGCCUGGUGGAACGCUCUGUCUCAUGAGACCAGGGCCCUGCAGGAUCUGAUUUCUUUCCGCAGGGCCUGUAAGACAGAGUUGUUCCGCCUGGCCUUUGGCUUGGAGCCAAUUUGAUUCCCUCCCCCUCUUUCCUUUCUCCUCCUGUGAUGAGGCUGCAUUUUAAUGUUUCAAUAUUUUAAUGUUGUAUUUUAAUCUUGUUUUUAAGAUGUAUUCAUUCAGCUUGUUUUUAUUAUUGCUUGUUAGCCGCCCUGAGCCCGGCCUUGGCUGGGGAAGGCGGGGUAUAAGUAAAAAUUAUUAUUAUUAUUAUUAUUGAAAGCCAGAAGGGCUCGUGACAGCUAGCAGGUUGAAUAAGAGGCAGAUUUCAGUACAGGACAAGCGUAAAGAAAACCAGCAGCGUAGCUGCAAAGCGGUAACAAGGAAGGGGGCAAGCAAAACCACCUAGGCGCAGGCUGAAAGCCUCCGGACGGCAAAGAGUAUUCGAGAGACAGCAGGAAGCAAGUGAAAGGGUGAGUUCCACACACCCUUCCCUUGAGAGCUGCAAUAGAAAAGGUUUAUCUUAUUUCCGGGGGACGCUGUGGUCUAAACCACAGAGCCUAGGACUUGCCGAUCAGAAGGUCGGCGGUUCGAAUCCCCGCGACGGGGUGAACUCCCGUUGCUCGGUCCCUGCUCCUGCCAACCUAGCAGUUCGAAAGCACGUUAAAGUGCAAGUAGAUAAAUAGGUACUGCUCCGGCGGGAAGCUAAACGGCGUUUCCGUGCGCUGCUCUGGUUCGCCAGAAGCGGCUUAGUCAUGCUGGCUACAUGACCCGGAAGCUGUACAUUGGCUCCCUCAGCCAAUAAAGCGAGAUGAGCGCCGCAACCCGAGAGUCGGCCACGACUGGACCUAAUAGUCAGUGGUCCCUUUACCUUUAUCUUAUUUCCACUGAUGGUAACUCCAGCUUCCUAGGUCCAAGUGCAGAGAACCUUCUUGUGCAGGAAGAAAAGGCCAGGUCAUCUCGGUGGCCAACCAAAUAUCACUUGGUGGCUUCCUCUGCGUUGUGGCCUCCCAGGCAUCACUUGCCACACACCAUCGUCAGAUAAAAUGCCACCCUACACUGCCUUUUAUCUAUGUCGCUCUUUGACAUGGUGCUUUUGAUGACUGCAAGCUGACCUUAGCACUGCAAAUCUUGAAGGAGAGUAAGUUGAGUGAUCCUUCUGCCCAUAAAUCAUGGGCUCAACCGCUGAUCUCCGCGCUAAAGCAGCUGAGAAUUAUUUGUGUCUCAAGAGUGGGCUUGUCAAAGGGCUAUCCUAGCGAGGACAGAUGUUUUUAUGGGGGUAGAUUAUCGGGGGGGGAGGUGGGUGUGGCAGCCACAGAGGAAGUGCCUAGAUAAGUCGUUUAUGUAAGAGGAGGACUUUAGAGCGGUUGUGGGAGUCCAGGGGCAAGUUAACCCUAGGGGUUAACUUCCCGGUCUUCCCCUGCUUAAAUGUAUAUUGUUAAAGUCUUUGUGGCUUAGGACCCUCGUAUCUACGGGACCACCUCUCCUGGUCUGCCCCGCAGAGGACCUUAAGGUCCAUAAAUAACCAUAGUUUAGAGGUCCUAGGCCCUAAGGAAGUCAGACUAUCCUCUGCCAGGGCAAGGGCCUUUUCAGUGAUGGCUCCGACCUGGUGGAAUGCUCUGUCCCAGGAGACUAGGGCCCUUCAGGAUUUAAUCUCCUUCCAUCGGGCCUGUAAGACAGAGCUAUUCCGCCUGGCCUUUAAUGUGAAUUCAGCCUGAUCUUUUAUUUCCCUUCUCUUCCCUCCCCCUCCCCUUUUAUGAAGAUCACCCGCUCUGAGACCCCACAGCUAAUUCUCCCCUGGCCUCCUCGCUGGCCCAAGUAGGACCAAUUCAGCCAGCUAGCCCUGGGGAUUAUCUAACUGAUUUUUUAAUUUUAUUGUCAUUCAUGUUUUUAUACUGUAUUUUACGCUGUUUUUAUAAUUAAGUGUUUUAAAGUAUUUUAAAUUUGUUGUUAGCUGCCCUGAGCCCGGUUUUUGAACCGGGAAUGGCGGGGUAUAAAUAAAAAUUUAUUAUUAUAAAGAUACAGAUUUUUGUAGCACUUCAUUCUAAGCCCUCGAGUUCGGUGUUAGAAACUCGGAUAUAUAAGCUAAUCGCUAAAUGGCACCUUAAACCUUGGUUACGGUUGCCACAAUGGUCUGUCAAGGCACUAUUUCCGCUCCCCCCCCCUCCAGUUGUGGGGUUUAUUGUUCUUGUUAAUUUUAUUUCUCUGCGGCUUUAGGUUUUAAAGAGAAUACCUCAAAGCGGUUUACAACACAUGAAAAUAAAAACAAAACAUCAGAUACAACAAUCCAGAAUAAAACAAAGUCAAGCUUCAAUGAAAACAUUGCAGGUCCUUCUCUUAAGUGAGAUUUUGCUUCCUCCAUAUUUAUUUGCCGACUAAAUUUCCAGAGCUGCCCCAUAGCAGACGUUCUCGAGGGAGCCAGUGUGGUUAAGUGGUCAGAGCAUCGGACUAGGACCUGGGAGAUCAGGGUUCAAAUCCCCACUCAGUCCCGAAGCUCCCUGGGUGAGAUUGGAGUCAGUCACAUCCUCUUGACCUUCCUCACAGGGUCGUUGUAGGGAUUAACUGGGUGGCGGGGCUGAACCAUGGACUCCUUGGAGAAAAAGUGGGAUAUAAAUGCAAUGGGACGCGGGUGGCGCUGUGGUCUAAAUCACAGAGCCGAGGUCUUGCUGAUCAGAAGGUCGGCGGUUCGAAUCCUCACGAUGGCGUGAGCUCCUGUUGCUCAGUCCCUGCUCCUGCCAACCUAGCAGUUCGAAAGCACGUCAAAGUGCAAGUAGAUAAAUAGGUACCACUCCGGCGGGAAGGUAAACGGCGUUUCCGUGCGCUGCUCUGGUUCGCCAGAAGCGGCUUAGUCAUGCUGGCCACAUGACCCGGAAGCUGUACGCCGGCUCCCUCAGCCAGUACAGCGAGAUGAGCGCCGCAACCCCAGUGUCGUCUACGACUGGACCUCGCGGUCAGGGGUCCCUUUACCUUUGCUAUAAAUGCAAUAAAUAAGAUCUUCAGUUUACCUGCUUAAGAAACUAGAGAGGGCAGCCAGGUGGAGAUGUCAGUCGGCAAUCUGGCACCCAGAGAUCUCUCAUGUGGUCGCAAUGGACUCCCACGCCAGUCGCAAAACAUGCCUGGCGCCUGGAUAAUUUCUAACACUGCUUAAGUCUAAGCUGGGUUUCAAGCCUGAAUGAGUGUCGGUGCUUCAAGAGGACUGAUGCUUUCAUCUCUUCCAGAGUUUCCUAAAACAGGGCAUCAUAACCUGGAAACGUCCUGGCUAGCCUUUUUUUAUAUAUUUCCCUCUCUGCUUCCAACAGGUCUUCGAAGCCGCUCUGGCCUGGGUGAGGUACGACCGCGAGCAUCGAGAGCCCUUCUUGCCGGAGCUCCUCUCCAAAAUCCGCCUGCCUCUUUGCCGACCCCAGUUCCUUGCGGACCGGGUCCAGCAGGACGACCUUGUCCGCUGCUGCCACAAGUGCAGGUGGGUAUGCGAGGACUGAGCUGCCUGUAGUAGUUCCAGGAGGGGAAUCACAACGAGGAAGCGCGUGGGACAGUGACAGGCGCAGAGCCCCAAACACAGAAUCCCUUUUCCACCAUGCAGGCAAAAGAGAGAGGGAGUUUUCCUCCAGGUGACCCAGCCAGGUCAGAUUGUCCUCCUCUCUCUUGCGUCUCCUCUGUCUCUUAAGCUCAGGGCAGGCAAUGGGCUAUGUGAGCUUUGUGUCAUCCAGUACAGUGGUACCUCAGGUUAAGUACUUAAUUCGUUCCGGAGGUCCGUUCUUAACCUGAAAAUGUUCUUAACCUGAAGCACCACUUUAGCUAAUGGGGCCUCCUGCUGCUGCCGCGCCGCCAGAGCACGAUUUCUGUUCUCAUCCUGAAGCAAAGUUCUUAACCUGAAGCACUAUUUCUGGGUUAGCGGAGUCUGUAACCUGAAGCGUAUGUAACCUGAAGCGCAUGUAACCCGAGGUACCACUGUAUCUUGAUGUGUGUUCACCAUUCAGACAGGCAGGUGGUGGAAUUCUGAGAUGCACCACUGCAGACAUUCCCUGAGACAGAAUUCUUCUGCACAUAAUAAGUAAUUAUGUAAGGGAGGAGGUGUGGCCUGGGAGGGUCCCACAUGCCGGGUAAGGGGCUACUUUCAUCCUCCAAGAUUGGGGUUUCCCACUCCUGAUUUUACGCUUCCAGUCAGCAAAGCAUUCUGCUCAGGUAGGUCAUUGCCACGCCCAUUUUACUUAAGCUGCUCUGAGGUUUAGGCUGCCGCAUAAAUGUACGUGAAACGUCAUGCGUAAUCGAUGCUAAAUUUCUGGUUUUGAACUGAACCCAAAUGUUGUGGAAAUUGGGUUGGAUUUCUUGGAAUGUAAUAAAAAGGAAAUUGGAAAUUUAGAAUAGAACGAGCUUGUAUCUUUUAGGAAGAAUAUCAGUUAUUAAGAUGAGCGUAUUGCCAAACAUGCUGUUUUUAUUCCAAUCAAUCCCGAUAAUAUGCAAUAUGGAAUGUUUUGAAGAUUAGCAAAAAGAUAUUUCAGAAUUUAUCUGGCAGUGUAAGAAGCCGAGAAUAAAAUACAAAUUAUGAACAGAUACUAAAGAUAGAGGAGGCUUCUCACUGCCUGAUUUGAAAUUAUAUUAUGAAGCCUCUUGCAUUAGUUGGAUUCAGGAAUGGAUAAAAUUAACAAAUACAGAUAGACUCUGUGCGCUUUGCGCAUGUGCAGAAGUGCUCUGCUGUGCCGUGUGCGCACGCAGAAGCGGUCCUCAGGUUACGAAAUUUUUGGGUUAUGGCCAGGCCUCCGGAACAGAUCCCAUUCGUAACCGGAGGUACCACUGUAUAUCAUUUCCCAUUUGGAUUUCAGGGACCUCGUGGAUGAAGCAAAGGAUUACCACCUCAUGCCAGAGCGACGACCCCACCUCCCGUCUUUCAAAACCCGCCCCCGUUGCUGCACCUCUAUCGCAGGCCUGAUCUAUGCCGUGGGAGGCCUCAAUUCAGCAGGUAUCUUUCAACUCUGUUGUUUGCCAGGGAUGUAUGCCUAGGAAGCACCGUGGAAUUGUAGAAUUGGGACCCCGAGAGUCACCUAGUCUAACCCCCUGCGAUGCAGGAAUCUCAGCUGAAGCAUCCAUGAGACUGUCAGAAAGUUCUUCCCGAUGUUUAGUCGGAAUCUCCUUUCCUAUAAGCCAUUGGUUCGAGUCCUGCCCUCCGGAGCAGGAGAAAACUAGCUUGCUCCAUCUUCCCUGUGACAGCUGUUUAGCUAUUGGAAGAUGGCUCUCCAAAGCAGCCUCUUUGGACCCUAUUAUAUGCUGGCCUGUCAUGACUCCCUGCCAAAGGGCAAUGUGAAUUGUAGUUCGCUGCAUGUGCCGCAGUGCUCAGACACACUGAAUUAAAGUCCUGUGCUGGCAAGGGGGAUUAAGAGCAACGCCUGAACCCAUGGUAUAUCUGGGUUGGUCACCCGGUGAUUUGAGUGUCACAAUCCUGUUCUGAUCCAAAAAGGGGAUAUGUUUGCAUUGGCUUCCCUGAUCUCCCUAGGUCGGGCAUGGCCAAACUUGGCCCUCCAGCUGUUUUGGGACUACAACUCCCACAAUCCCUAGCUAUCAGGACCAGUGGUCAAGGAUGAUGGGAAUUGUAGUCCCCAAACAGCUGGAGGGCCAAGUUUGACCAUGUCUGCCCUAGGUGAAAAGUCAGAUAAAGAUGUGUAGCUCAUCCAGCUCAUCCUCCCUUAAAGAACAAUUGCAUGCCCAAAGCAAAUCACACAAUAUAAAUCAUGUGUGGAACAAAGCAGAGUUGGAUCAAGACCAGUGGGUUCCAAUCCGUGAAUUCUCAGCAAUGCAAGAGUUGUUGUUUGGGGCCUUUACCCCUUGCUGCUUGCUCUGUGACAAGCCUCGUAAACCCUGGCAAAUUCGUCAUCCCGUGGUAUCCUGCAAGGAUCGUUUGGGAUUCUAGCAAGGGCACGUAGUCGUAGCUGCACAGAGGAAGGCGAGCCCGGCAGCCGUUCACCAUAAAUUAUGAAAAAGGCCUGCCCUUUCCCUCUGACAGCAGUUUAUCACACGGAUAGUCUGAAUCACUAUAAGUAGGUGCAAUAAAUGCGAAGCUGCUGUUCAUGAGUACCGUAUUUUUCCGUGUAUAAGACGACCCCAUGUUGAAAGGUAAAGGGUAAAGGGACCCCUGACCAUUAGGUCCGGUCAUGGCUGACUCUGGGGUUGUGGCGCUCAUCUCGCUCUAUAGGCCGAGGGAGCCGGCGUACAGCUUCCAGGUUAUGUGGCCAGCAUGACUAAGCCGCUUCUGGCGAACCAGAGCAGCGCACAGAAACGCCGUUUACCUUCCCGCUGAAGCGGUACCUAUCUAUCUACUUGCACUUUGACGUGCUUUCGAACUGCUAGGUUGGCAGGAGCAGGGACCGAGCAACGGGAGCUCACCCCGUCGCUGGGAUUCGAACCGCCGACCUUCUGAUCGGCAAGUCCUAGGCUCUGUGGUUUAACCCACAGUGCCACCCGCAUCCCUUGCAACCCCAUGUAUAACACGACCCCUAUUUUUUCUAACCCCAAAAUUAAGAAAUUAAGUUUUUUAGCUUUGGGGGGUGGGGCAGGGUAGGUCACUUCCGCCGAUCGCUCACCCACCUGCUCACAGCCACUGCCGAUCACACACCUUGCCACAGCCGCCAAUCGUCUGCCCGCUCGCCGCCACCUGAACAGUAUAACACAACACGAUGGCCAAUAGCAAUGGCACUAAGCACUAUUUAUAGACUAAUACAAAUAAGCAGAAAUUACAACCAAAGUCUCUAAAUCUUCUUCGCCACUCACGGUAGAAUAAUUCAAAAACUCGAUAUAUACAUAAUCUGUUACCAAAUAUCGCCGGAAAAGAGUUUCUGGAUAACCAGUCUGUUUUGUUCAAUGCUUCAUCAGCCAAUCCUGAUCAAUUCUUCAUCAGCCAGACUUGUUAGGAUUAAUAUGAGAAGGGUGCAGUUCAAUUUCUUAACAAGCCGAUCUUAGGUAAAGGUAAAGGGACCCCUGACCAGUCGUGGCCGACUCUGGGGUUGCGGCGUUCAUCUCAAUUUAUUGGCCGAGGGAGCCGGCGUACAGCUUCCGGGUCAUGUGGCCAGCAUGACUAAGCCGCUUCUGGUGAACCAGAGCAGCGCAUGGAAACGCCGUUUACCUUCCCGCUGGAGCGGUACCUAUUGAUCUACUUGCACUUUUGACGUGCUUUUGAACUGCUAGGUUGGCAGGAGCAGGGACCGAACAACGGGAGCUCACCCCGUCGCUGGGAUUCGAACCGCCGACCUUCUGAUCGGCAAGACCUAGGCUCUGUGGUUUAACCCACAGCGCCACGUGUGUCCCACAAAUAUAAACAAAUACAAACGCUGUAGAAAAAAUGCUGUGGAUCAGCGCUCAUAUGAUACCAACAUAUGAAGGGGUUUUUUUGGCAGGGGGGGGAGUAGUUUUAAACAUUUUUUUCCAGUUCGUUGUAGAUUAUUUCCCAAUACUCUUUUACCCUUUUACAAGUCCAGUGAUGACCACUUUUUAAAACAUGAGCAGCAAAUUUCUAUGCAGGCGACUCCCUGAACGUGGUGGAAGUCUUCGACCCCAUUGCCAACCACUGGGAGAAGUGCCAGCCAAUGACGACGGCCCGCAGCCGGGUGGGCGUCGCCGUGCUGAACGGGCUCUUGUAUGCCAUUGGUGGAUACGACGGGCAGCUGAGGCUGAGCACCGUGGAAGUUUACAACCCAGAGACAGAUUCCUGGUCCAAAGUGGGAAGUAUGAACAGCAAACGAAGGUGAGUGAGGUCAAUAAUAAUAAUAAUAAUAAUAAUAAUAAUUUAUUAUUUAUUCCCCGCCCAUCUGGCUGGGUUUCCCCAGCAGCUCUGGGCGGCUUCCAACAAAGUAUUAAAAUACAGUAGUCUGUUAAACAUUAAAAGCUUCCCUAAACAGGGCUGCCUUCAGAUGCCUACUAAAAGUCUGGUAGUUGUUCUUCUCUUUGACAUCUGGUGGGAGGGCGGGGUUCCACAGGGCGGGUGCCACCACCGAGAAGGCCCUCUGCCUGGUUCCCUGUAACUUGACUUCUCGCAGUAAGGGAACCGCCAGAAGGCCCUCAGAGCUGGACCUCAGUGUCUGGGCAGAAAGAUGGGGGUGGAGAUCUGGGAUCAGGGAUACUGGACUGAGGCCGCUUAGGGCUUUAGAGGUCAGCGCCAACCCUUUGAAUUGUGCUCGGAAAUAUACUGGGAAUGUAGGUCUUUCAAGACCUGUGUUAUGUGGUCUCGAUGGCCGCUUCCAACCACCAGUCUAGCUGCCACAUUCUGGAUCAGUUGUAGUUUCCGGGUCACCUUCAAAGGUAGCCCCACAUAGAGUGCAUUGCAGUAGUCCAAGCGGGAGAUAACCAGAGCAUGCACCACUCUGGCGAGACAGUCUGCAGGCAGGUAGGGAAAUAGAGAAGAGGAGUGAUGGGAUCUUUAAAAAAAAUAAUUUUGAGUUUUGUGUCCUUGUUUCUCAAUGUGAUCCUUUUCCUGUAUGUUUAGUGGUAUUUGAUGCAUUAUGACUUGCCGUUGUUUUUAUUAUCGUGUAGUAAUUCUUUAUUGCAAUUGUUAAAUUGUUAUUAUUUGCUGAUGCACAAUUUUACUGUUUACUAUUAUAUUCUAAUGGAUUACGGUGGAACCUUGCCUCCCGAACGCCUUGGGAGCUGAACGUCCCGGCUCCCGAACGAUCAAAAACCAGAAGUGAUUGUUCUGGUUUUCAAACAUUCUUUGGAAGCCAAACGUCUGUCAUGGCUUUUGAUUGGCUGCAGGAAUCUUCUUGGCUUCCGAUUGGCUGCAGGAGUCGGAAGCCGUGCCUUGGUUCCCAAACCAUUUCGGGAGUCAAACUACAAGAAACAAAAAAGAACAAGAAAGAAGAUUCCACCUAAACAUUAGGAAGAACUUCCUGACAGUAAGAGCUGUUCGACAGUGGAAUUUGCUGCCAAGGAGUGUGGUGGAGUCUCCUUCUUUGGAGGUCUUUAAGCAGAGGCUUGACAACCAUAUGUCAGGAGUGCUCUGAUGGUGUUUCCUGCUUGGCAGGGGGUUGGACUCGAUGGCCCUUGUGGUCUCUUCGAACUCUAUGAUUCUAUGAUUCUAUGAUUAAGUUCAGGAACCAAGGUUCCACUGUAUUGAACAUUGCUUUAUUUGAUCUAAGUUGUUUAUUUGAAAGUUACGUUUUUAUUAUGACUUCUUUUUUGUAUCGGAUCAGGUUGUUACUAUGCAUGUGAUAUUCACUGUCUAUUUUGGGUUUUUUUGUUCAGCUUGUAAACCUCUUUGUGUGUAGCGAUAGAGAAAGGUGGUAUACACAUUAAAAGAAAUGAAAUGAAAUCUCUGGUACUCUUGCAGCACUUAGAAGAGAAGCAAAUCUUUUACAAACAUAUAUGUGCCCACAUCUUCCUGUAUCUGUGUUAGCAAAAUGCUCUGGGGGAAUGUAAAGCUGGAUUCAUUAGUUUAAACUGGAGCCCUUGAGACUCCAGCUCCCAUCAGCCUCGGCCAGCACGUCUAGUGGUCAGGGGUGAUGGGAGUUGGAAACAGAGCGAUGUUUCAAGGGUCACAGCUUCCCCCUCCCCUGGUCUAGCUGGUACAAAGUCCAGGAAGGCUGGUGCUGUCCCUCAGCCAGCCAGGCGGCAGUUCCGGUGGGCCCGGAAGAGGUGAAAAGGAAGGCCUUCAGUGUUUUGUGAUUUCCACAAGCUCACCAGACAGGCCAAUGGGUUCAGAAUGAGAAAGCAGAAGAAACUGGGCCAUCGCAAUUGGUCCAGGUAGAAGUGGAACCAGCCUGUAAGGAAAGCUUCUUGCCAAAAGCAGUCUUAACACCUGGCGCUUGUUUCAGUGCCAUGGGGACAGUCGUGCUGGAUGGGCAGAUCUACGUCUGUGGAGGAUACGACGGCACCUCCUCCCUCAACUCCGUGGAGGCCUAUUCACCUGAGACGGACAAGUGAGUACAUAAUAUAAUAAUAAUAAUAAUUUAUUAUUUAUACCCCGCCCAUCUGGCUGGGUUUCCCCAGCCACUCUGGGCGGCUCCCGGCAGAAUAUUAAAAACGCGAUAAAACAUCAAACAUUCAAAACUUCCCUAAACAGGGCUGCCUUCGGAUGUCUUCUAAAAAUCAAAACAAAAUAAAAAAAUUCCUUCCAGUAGCACCUUAGAGACCAACUAAGUUUGUUAUUGGUAUGAGCUUUCGUGUGCUUGCACACUUCUUCAGAUACCUUCUUCGUGUGCAUGCACACGAAAGCUCAUACCAAUAACAAACUUAGUUGCUCUCUAAGGUGCUACUGGAAAGAAUUGUUUUAUUUUGUUUUGACUACGGCAGACCAACACGGCUACCUACCUGUUUCUAAAAGUCAGAUAGUUGUUUUUUCCUUGACAUCUGAUGGGAGGGCGUUCCACAGGACAGGUGUCACCACCAAGAGGGCCCUCUGCCUGGUUCCCUGUAACCCAGGCAUAAGGGAACUUGGCCCUCCAGAUGUUUUGGGACCACAACUCCCAUCAUCCCUAGCUAACAGGACCAGUGGUCAGGGAUGAUGGGAAUUGUAGUCUCAAAACAUCUGGAAGGCCAAGUUUGCCUAUGCCUGCUGUAACAUCACUUCUCGCAGUGAAGGAACCACCAGAAGGCCCUCGGAGCUGGACCUCCGUGUCCGGGCUGGGGGUGGAGACGCUCCUUCAGGUAUACUGUGGAGUAUGUCUAGACAUCUCCUCUCUGCUUCUAGCAGUCCAGAUGCAAGGUGUGCUUUGAAGCCUUCACCUUAAAUGUGGCUGCCACUCAGUUCCUUUCAUUUUCUGGUCUCUUGCAAAGGUGGAUGGUGGUCACCCCCAUGAGUUCGAACCGCAGUGCAGCUGGCGUCACCGUAUUCGAAGGCAGGAUAUUUGUAUCUGGCGGGCACGACGGACUGCAGAUCUUCAACAGCGUGAGUUUUUUUGCUCGCCGCACCUCUUACCUUUCCCCCCAUCACGCUGUUUCUUUCCUGCCCUCUUUUGAGGGCUUGUGGUGGGCUGUGACAUCCUUGCUUUCCACCUUUCCGACUGGCCUGUCAGGUAGGCCGGGCUGGUCAGUAACUUGAUCCCACAACUUCGAUACUGAAACACAAUGCAUUGGCUGUAGGCUUUGCACAGAAGCUCCAGGGCAUGGGUCGGCAAACUAAGGCUCUGGGGGCUGGAUCCAGCCCAAUUGCCUUCUGGAUCCGGCCCGCUGACGUUCUGGGAAUCGCCGCGUGGAUCGGCAUGGGGAUUCUGAUCGUUUGGACUGCACCAUUUUCCGCCCCUUUCCCUCACACACACACUGCGGUGGCGCCUCCUCCUCCCUCCCUCCUCCUGGCUUCUCCCCGCCCUGCCUAGCGGAGGAAGGGGGCUGGGCUUUGUUGAGUGCCAUUUUAAGCAGCCCCUCUCCGCAGCCAGUCCUUACGUGCCGCUCAUUGUCCCUCUGCCGCCGCCAGCCCCUGCUGCUCGCAAGGCACAGGUAAGCAGCCACUGGGACUCGUCCGGUGCUGUGGAGAAGGGAGGGAAGAGUCGGGGGGUUCCCCCACAAGGUCUGAGGGACAGUGGACCGGCCCCCUGCGGAAAAAGUUUGCUGACCUCUGCUCCAGGGUCUGGAAAGUGGGCAUGACCUAUUUUUGUCCUAUUGACCUAUUUUUGUUCACUUGACAGAGCCAGUGAAAAGUUUCCUUGGCAGCAGCGUUUGGGUCCCUCUCUAGUCUUUGCCCCUGCUGUGCAUCGUGACUGUGAUCACCCAAGAAGGCUCUGAGCACUAAAUAAAACAUUCCGCCCCCUUCCAUGUCCCCUUCCAUCCUGUUUGAAUUUGCUCUGCUGCUUUCCAGAUUCCAAAUCUUUGGUUUUUAAAUCUUGGGACUCGGUCAUCCCUCACUGCUAGGGUCAUUUAAAAAUGUACAUAAAAUAUUCUCAGUUGACACCCGAAAAACGUUAAGCUGUGAUAGCACCAAUCAUACAGUGGUACCUUGGGUUACAGACGCUUCAGGUUACAGACUCCACUAACCCAGAAAUAGUACCUCAGGUUAAGAACUUGGCUUCAGGAUGAGAACAGAAAUCGCACAGCAUCAGCGGGAGGCCCCAUUAGCUAAAGUGGUACCGCAGGUUAAGAACAGACCUCCAGAACGAAUUAAGUUAUUAACCCGAGGUACCACUGUAUAUGCGGGACGCGGGUGGCGCUGUGGGUAAAACCUCAGCGCCUAGGACUUGCCGAUCGCAUGGUCGGCAGUUCGAAUCCCCGCGGCGGGGUGCGCUCCCGUCGUUCGGUCCCAGCGCCUGCCAACCUAGCAGUUCGAAAGCACCCCUGGGUGCAAGUAGAUAAAUAGGGACCGCUUACCAGUGGGAAGGUAAACGGCGUUCCGUGUGCUGCGCUGGCUCGCCAGAUGCAGCUUGUCACGCUGGCCAAGUGACCCGGAAGUGUCUGCAGACAGCGCUGGCUCUGGGCCUAUAGAGUGAGAUGAGCGCACAACCCUAAAGGCUGUCAAGACUGGCCCGUACGGGCAGGGGUACCUUUACCUUUACUUUACCACUGUAUAUACACAAGCACAACUUUACAAGGUAGAAUUUUGUUGUCUGCAGGUCCUUCCUUGGGUAUGGAUUUGGAGACAACACCUAAAUCUGCAGCUUUGUAAUGUCUUGGAACACCCCCCCCCCCCCAAAUCUAGCAUCACUUAUCAUUAUUAUUGUGAUUAAGAUUUGUAUACCGCUCUAUACCCACAGGUCUCAGGGCGUCGCACAAUAAAAUCACAAUAUAAAAACACAAAAUACAUAAUCAAAAUAAAAACAACCCAAUAAUCUCCCCUCAUGCCAUAGCUGUCAACUUUCAGAUUUGAAAAUAAGGGAUCAGCAGCCUCGCCUGUCCCGGGGACAGCCUACGGGAUAUCUAACAAUAAGGGAAUAAGGGAAUUUCCCGCCAAAAAAGGGAAGGUUGCCAGCUAUGCCCCAUGCUGUCCUGGAAAGCUUCAUAAAAACAUGGGUUCAGAAAAUGGAAUAAUUACAGAGAAAAACUGAUGUCGCUGGAUCAAGUUCAUCAGUUUUGUUGAAAUAGUUUCAGCUGGAUUCUGAACACCUGUGCAAUUAACUGUUCCUGUUUCAAAUUUCAUUGUGCUAUUACACUCGUACCUUGGAAUGAGUUUUCGUCCGUUCGACUUCCAAAACGUUCGAAAACCAAAGCGCGGCUUCCAAUUGGCUGCAGGAAGCUCCUGCAGGCAAUCGGAAGCCCCGUCAGAAAUUUGGUUUCCAAAAAUAGUUCGCAAACCGAAACAGUCGUUUCCAGGUUUGCGACGUUCAGGAGCCAAAACGUUCGGGAACUAGGCUGUUUGACUUCCAAGGUACCGCUGUACCUUCCUCAGUGAGUUGUGGAAACUGCUGCUCUGAAGAAUGAAUGAAUGAAUUUAUUAUUUCGGUCACAGACCGGUUCCAGCCCACAUACAAUAUCAAGGAAGUCUUUUUUUUUUUUAUGGCUCUGAAUAAUAUUUUUCAAAGGGUGGGCUAGGGGGGACUGGGGAUGGGUUUGUGAAACCAAGGGGGCAGUGGGCCCCCCCAAAAAAGUUUGAGAAGGUGGCAACAGGUGGUCCUGUGGGAUUUGUGCUUGCUUGCUCUCCUAAUAAUAAUAAUUUUUUAUUAUAUAUAUAUAUAUAUAUAUAUAUAUAUAUCCCGCCCUCCCCAGCCGAAGCCGGGCUCAGAGCGGCUAACAAUGGUAAAAAUAACACAGUUUACAUAAAAUCAUAAUCAGGCGAUUGAAGUACCGUAUAUACUUGAGUAUAAGCCAACUUUUUCAGCACAUUUUUAAUGCUGAAAAGCCCCCCUCGGCUUCUACUUGAGUGAGGGUCCUUUCGGGCUGCUGGUUCUUCCUCUGCCACUGCCACCACCACCAGGUUUGUGGUGUGGUGAACCGGCUUACACUCAAGUCAAUAAGUUUUCCCAGGUUUUUUGUGCUAAAUUAGGUGCCUCGGCUUAUAUUUGGGUCGGCUUAUACUCGGGUAUAUACGGUACAUUCUAAAAUCAAUUCGGAGUCAAAUUAAUGGCAGCCAUUGGGCUAGAGUUCUAUGAGGAUUACAAAAGGAGGGGAUCAGACUGUGCCCUAGCCUGACUCCUUCACCCUUCCUUCCAGGUGGAAUACUACAACCACCACAUGGCUUCCUGGCACAAUGUCUCCAGCAUGCUCAACAAGCGCUGCCGUCACGGCGCCGCCUCCCUGGGCAGCAAGAUGUUCGUCUGCGGCGGCUACGACGGCUCCGGCUUCCUCAGCAUCGCCGAAGUCUACAACUCCAUGGCGGACCAGUGGUACCUGAUCGUCUCCAUGAACACCCGGCGCAGCCGCGUCUCCCUCGUGGCGAACUGUGGCCGCCUCUACGCCGUGGGGGGCUACGACGGACAGUCCAACCUGAGCUCCGUAGAAAUGUACGACCCGGAAACCAACCGCUGGACGUUCAUGGCCCCCAUGGUGUGCCACGAGGGAGGGGUUGGGGUGGGCUGUAUACCGCUCCUGACUAUCUGAGCGGAGGGUGGGAGGUGGCACGAGCCUGCGUCGCCCGAAAGCCAGGACUUCCACAGCCGGGAGCCUCGCCUCGAGGGGGUGAUCUGCAGAGAGACUCUACUUCGACAUCGUUUCCAGGUGCUUGGGCCAUUGUCAUUUGGGAAGCGCACAAACAGCCCCAUGGAUCAGGGCCACGUGGCCGUUGAGCGAGGUCCCGCAGUGUCACGAGAGUUUGGAGAUUUCAGGCCGUGUGAAUGAAGCCUCACCUGCCUCUUCCUCCUGGACUCUGCCAAGCUCCUUCCGUGCCUCCGCUGAUGCUGCCUUGGUCCCCUUGUGAUUGUGCCGUGGGUGUAAGUCUGCUUAGGUCAGGUGGGCUUUUCCUAGGAAUAAUAAGACGCUUCUGUCGUCGUGCCCCUUGAAAGCUGGAAAGGGAGCUUCCCUGUCUUCCAGGGCGAGGAUAGUACGUUGGCCAGGAAAACACCCACCGUCUUUUAUUUCGUGGUCAACACAGAGGUGCAAUUGUUCCCUCUCCCCAAGGAAAAAUGAAGUCAUUUUCUGCAGAGAAACACAGUUCAGGAAGAGUCUGCCCCUUCCUACACCUGGCCACUAGGUGGCGCAGAUGCACAUGCAAAGCUCUGUUUGAUGGUUUCGUCUCCAUUUGCUCCAAAGGCAAGGAUAGUUCCCCUUUUGCGUUCUAGCUGCCUGCAGAAAGCAAGAAAAGGCUCUCAUGUCUUCAGAAACAAAAAGAUAGGGCCACGGUGCAAGGAAGGCUUCGCAGCCUUUGCCACCAACACACAGCUCAGGAGAAUGCCAUGGCAUUGCAGGCUCUGCGGAGCUUUUGGGAUGAGGCUUGCAUCCCUGAAGUUCCUGGAGGGUUGUAUUUUUGCAUGCCAGAGCCUGUUGGCCGUGGGAACUAUUCAGACGCAAAGCGUUAAGAGGGAGCGUGUAGCAUAAGGGGGCCCAAUCCUGUCUCUGAUGAAUUCUGAAACAGCAGUAGUUGGCUUGGCAUCGUCAACACAUCCAUACAAUUUCCUGGAAACUAGAUGUUUCGGCUGAGCACCGCCAUGCCCACAAAGUUGUUCCUGCGCUGCUUGCGGCGACCGUUCACAUCAAAUCAAAAUUCUCAUCCCCAGAUCUGAGAUUUUUGUUUAGACAGGAAAUGCUCUUCCGCUUGGGGCGAUCUUUGGAGACACACAAGCCUUAAGCAAAAAAGCGUAUCUGAUUUCUGACAGGGAGGAACUGUGACUACGUCCUUUUGUUCUUGGGGAUUUUGAGCUCUCAGAUGGUGGCAGUUUGUGCCCUGCAGGCUGUCGGGUGUCUGUUUUGAUAGCUGUUGUAGGACAUCCAUUAUCUUGCUCUGAAGAGUGAGAAAUAGCAGCUUCUAAGAGUAAAUGGGAGGUUUACAGAUUUAUGAGCGAGGGGCAAAAACAGCCAGGGAGAAACCUGUGAGUUAGGAUAAGUAUACACAACCAAUUCUUACGGGGGCAGCAUUUCCUCAUGGUGGUCCUUCCUCAUCCCACCCCCCCUUAAAAUUAUCAGCUGUUUAUCAGCACAGGGGCUACUUGGUUUUCAGACCAACACCUUCCUUACUCAAAGACUAGCUUCUACUCUGUCCUCCGUCUAUGCUAAGCACUAUCAGGUUGCCAAAUUUCAAGCUGGAAAAAGCUGCGUGUCUUCCCUCUCUCUCUCUCCACCUUUCAAGGAACUGGUAGCAUCAAAGCCAAAUCGAGGUACUGUCGAAUGUGUGUGUGUGUGUGUGUUUUUUCAAAACCACUGUAGUUUAACACAGUGGCAAUGAGUUAGCUCUGCUGUUCCGCCUCCAUCAUUCUUCUGUCUGAACAUUACACCGCUCCAGUUUUGCACAAAGAUCGAAAGGCCAGUUGGGUCCUCUGAACCCCCCCUCCUUCUCCCCCCCUUAAGUUAAAUGGGCUGUGCCCCUAUCCGUAGGUAGCUUUUAAAUACCUGUUAGAGCUGCUUCCAUUUUAAAACGACUCCUGCCACCUACAUUCCCGUUGGGGCAAGAGAGAUUCCGACACCCGAUCUUGAAAUGAGACGUUUUCACACAAGUUGCUCAGAGGAACUUAACUCAGCUGCAAGACUUGCGAGCUGAAAAUUGCAGAGGGAGGCUGUCGGGAGCGAGUGUUGAAUUACGUAGGCUGGAUGCGCUUGGGAUUUCCGUAGCCUGUGAUUUUGUGCAUGCCCUUCAUCCAUGAACAGUAUUGUGAAUUACCAUAACUGCCAGGAGAAAACUGAUUUCGGGCAAGAAACUCGAAACGACGACGAGAGUCCUGGAUCGAGAAGGGGCUUCUGAACAUACCGGCGAGCCUUUCCGUAUAAACGUAACAAGGCCAUCCACUUGUGUCAAUGUGAAAUCAUGUACUUUAAAAAAAAAGUGUUGUCCGUUCUUGUGGUGGUUGGUGAAAUCCGAGGCAGAGUGAAGGUUAGGUGACGAUACCUCCGCUCUCCCUAGCCCAAAUAUAUUUAACUUGAAAGAAACUUUGUUUCUCGG